GGUCCCAAUGCUCUUGUGACGUACACCAUCAUCAGCGGGGCGGACGACAGCUUUCGGAUUGACCCUGAGUCCGGAGACCUGAUCGCCACAAAGAAGCUGGAUCGGGAACGCCGCUCUGAGUAUUCCCUUCUGGUUCGGGCUGACGAUGGGAAACAGUCGUCCGACAUGAGGCUGAACAUCACGGUGAAGGACCUCAACGACCACACGCCCAAGUUCUCCCGCGCAACGUAUUCUUUUGAUAUCCCAGAAGACAUGGCGUCAGGCUCCAUUGUGGCGGCUAUUCUGGCCAGCGACUCUGACUCAGGGGUGAACGGGGAGGUCACCUACUCGCUGGAAGAUGACGACGAAGACGAGACUUUCCGCCUGAACCCGGUGACCGGAGUCUUCAACGUGACGCGUCCGCUGGACUACGAGACCCAGCGGUUCUAUAUCCUGACGGCAAAGGCUCGGGACGGCGGGGGGCAGGCCAGCACGGUCAGGGUGUAUUUCAACAUCCUGGAUGUGAAUGACAACCCGCCCGUAUUCAACACGAGCUCUUACAGCUCGUCUGUCUCCGAGAGUCUGCCGCCCGGAUCCAGCAUCGUCACUGUGGGGGCCAGCGAUGAUGAUGAUGGCCCAAAUGCUCAGCUCCUGUACAGAAUAGCUUCUGGUGAUCCCCAGAGCCACUUUGUCAUCAGCAAGGAAGGAGUCCUCCAAAUCCAGAAGGCCUUGGACCGAGAAACCCAAUCCUUCUACAACCUGGUGGUCACAGUCAACGACCUGGCCCCUCCCCCAAUGACCCGCUUCACAAGCACCGCCCAGGUGUCCAUCAUCCUACUGGACAUCAACGACUGCCCGCCCACCUUCACCUCUCAGAGGAAGACUUACAUCCAGGAGAACACGCCGGUGGAUACGGUGGUGUUCACUGCCAAGGCCACGGACGCUGACAGUGGACCCAACAGCUACGUCGAGUACUCCAUGAAAGGACCUUUCGGGAACAAGUUCAGCAUCGGCACGAUCGACGGAGACGUCAGGUUGGUUGGGGAACUGGACCGCGAGGAGCUUUCUAACUACACCCUCACAGUUGUAGCUACAGAUAAAGGCGAACCUGCUCUGUCUUCAACAAUGGAUGUCACUAUGAUGGUUCUGGACGUCAACGACAACACGCCGAGCUUCUCGCAGAAUAUCUACGACAUCGAGAUUGAGGAGAACACCUUGACUGGGACUGAUGUCAUCCAGGUGUUCGCCAGCGACUCAGACGAGGGAACCAACGGGCAGAUCCGAUUUUCCAUCUCAGGAGGCAACACCAACUCUGACUUCAGGAUUGAUUCGGUUACAGGGGGGAUUUCUGUGGCCAAGCAGCUGGACCGCGAGGCGCGUUCAUCGUAUUCGCUGGUGGUCCAGGCCGCCGAUCGAGGCAGCAGCCCGAGGGUGGACCGAGCGACCGUCAACAUCGUUCUGUUGGACGUCAACGAUUGCUCCCCUGUGUUUGAGCUCUCUCCUUACACCGUCAAUGUUCUGGAGAACUCUGAGAACUUGCCCCAGAAAAUUCUGCAGGUUGUUGCCAGGGACGACGACCAAAGUGCCAAUGGCCAGCUAAGCUACAUGCUAAGUGGUGGGAAUGACGAGGGCGCGUUCAGUCUGUCGUCCAGCGGUCAGCUGAGACUCACCCAGACUCUGGACCGCGAGGCUCAGGGGAAAUACAUUCUGCUGAUUACAGCCACUGACUCAGGUAAUCCGUCUCUGAGCGGGACGGGGACGGUGACAGUUCUGGUGGACGACGUGAACGAUAACGUCCCUGUUUUCACCGCCUCCGCCUUCCACACCACCAUCAUGGAGAACGCUCCCACAGGGGCGGAUGUGCUAUUGGUCAACAGCUCCGAUGCAGAUGUGGGCGUCAACGGUGUUAUAAGCUACAGCCUGACCGGAGGACACGGCCAGUUCUCCAUCAACCCGGCUACAGGACAGAUUAUCACCAGCUCCCUGUUGGAUCGAGAGGACAGAGCCAAUUACCAGCUGCUGGUGGUGGCAACAGAUGGAGGGCAGCCUGAAGGCUUGUCCAGCUCUGCCACCGUGUCUGUGACGGUGUCAGACAUCAACGAUAACCCUCCUCGCUUCCACCACCACCCCUACGUCACCCACAUCCCCGCCUCCACCGCAGCAGGGUCUCUGGUCUUCGCUGUUACUGUCACUGACGAGGACUCUAGUUCCAACGCCCAGCUGCACUACUCCCUCAUUGGACGAAACUCUGAGAAGUUCAAGAUCGACCCCGUCCGAGGUGCCAUCACUGCCAUUGAAAAGCUAACUGGAAACACCGAAGUUACCCUCACAGUUCGAGUAAAAGACGGAGGAACUAACCCCAAAACGGACACGACCACCGUGACUGUCCGCUUUGUUACCGGAGGAAACUUCCCUGUCAUCAAACUGAAGGAGCAUGCCUUCACGUUCCCUGAGAGCCAGGCGACCAAUCACGUUGUUACAACAGUCACUGGGUCAUCUAUGAGGGGUGGUCCUUUGUCGUAUUACAUCUCAAGUGGAAACCUGGACAAUGCCUUCCAUAUUGAUCAGCAAUCAGGCGAGGUGUCCAUCAGACAUCCGCUAGAUUAUGAACACAUUCAGAAGUACGUUCUCUGGAUUGAAGCCAGAGAUCAAGGCUUCCCACCGUAUUCCACUUAUGAGAAAGUGGAAAUAACAGUGCUGGACGUGAAUGACAAUCACCCAGUGUUUGAUAAGGAUCCCUUCCAUGCUGAGAUACUGGAGAGCCUUUCACCUCAGAGGGUGUUAAUCGUCUCUGCCGUUGAUCUGGACAGCGGGCCUAAUGGACAGCUUGAAUACGCCAUUAUUGACGGCAACAAGGAGAACAGUUUCAACAUAAAUAGAGCAACUGGUGAAAUACGAUCCACGAGGCCUUUGGACCGGGAGAAAGUGGCUCAGUACGCUUUGAAAGUGAAAGCCACUGACCGGGGGUUGCCAUCCAAAAACUCAGCAGUCAAAGUGAUUAUUAACGUCCUGGAUGUAAAUGACAAUGCUCCACGGUUUUCCAAGAUUUUCAGUGCUACAGUGGCUGAAAAUGCCCCGGUGGGUUACACAGUCACCAGAGUCACCACCACAGAUGAGGACGCUGGCUCAAAUGCCAUUAGCAAAUAUUCAAUUACAGAUAGCAGUCUUCCAUUCAAUAUAAAUCCAAACACAGGAGACAUAACAAUAAGUAGACCGCUUAAUAGAGAAGACACGGAUCAUUAUAUUGUCAAAGUGUCAGCCCAUGACUCUGGCUGGACAGUUAGCACAGAUGUAACCGUAUUUAUAACUGAUAUUAAUGAUAAUGCCCCCAGAUUUAGUCGUCCCUCUUACUAUCUGGACCACCCAGAGCUCACUGAAGUGGGCUCCCUGGUCACACAGGUGUCCGCAACAGAUCCCGACGAAGGUUUUAACGGCAAAAUCUUCUAUUUCAUUCGGUCCCAGUCAGAGUUCUUCAGAAUUAACUCCAGCACCGGAGAGAUAUUUGUGAAGCAGCAGUUAAGAUAUCAGAACUCGACAGGUGCCAGUAGUAUAAAUAUAAAUCGCCACAGCUUCAUUGUCACAGCUUCAGACCGGGCAGUGAAACCUCUGAUGAGUGAGACGACAGUGAUUGUAAACAUUGUAGACAGCAAUGAUAAUCCCCCUGAGUUUGAUUUACCCAGCUAUUUUACUCCUGUCACUAAAAGUGUCAAGGUUGGCACCAGACUGAUUAGGGUUGUCGCUCAUGAUGAAAAAGACUUUGGCCUUAAUUCAGUUGUUGAGUACUUAAUAACAGGAGGAAACAGCUCUAGUAAAUUCAAGCUAGAUAAAACAGGUGGAUGGAUUACUGUGGCCUCCUCCCUUACAUCUGAUAUGAAUAAAGUUUUCCUCAUUGACAUCACAGCGAGUGACAGAGGAAAUCCUCCUUUGUCGGCGCGAACUACAGUACGCAUUGCGGUCACCGAGGAAAACCACCACACCCCUGAGUUCUCACAAAGCCAAAUCUCAGCGUCUGUAUCUGAACGCCUUGUUGUGGGAUCGGCAAUAAGGACCCUGUCUGCCAGAGACAAAGACAAAGAAAUGAAUGGCCUUAUCACGUACAGUAUUACUUCAGGCAACGACAAGGGUCUGUUUUCACUUAAUAGUAAAACUGGACUUUUAUCCCUAGCUCAGCCUCUGGACUUCGAAGAGAAGCAACACCAUGAGCUCAGGGUUUCAGCCACUGACGGUGGUUGGAUCUCAAAAACAAGCUAUGUCACUGUUACAGUGCAUGUCACUGAUGUGAACGAUAACCCCCCUGUGUUUGAUCCUGAGGAGUACUUCCCCAUUGUUCAGGAGAAUGUUCCCAGUGGCACCACUGUGGUCAAGCUGAAUGCCACAGACCGUGAUUCGGGAGCUAAUGCAGUCAUGGCUUAUGUGAUACAGUCAUCAGACAGUGACCUCUUUGUUAUUGACCCGAACACCGGGACCAUCACCACCCAGGGCUUCUUGGAUUACGAGGCUAAGCAGGUCUACCAUUUAACAGUGAAAGCUUUCAAUGUCCCAGACGAAGAACGGUGCAGCUUCGCCAAUGUCAACAUUCAACUUAAGGGUGCCAAUGAAUACGUACCCCGCUUUGUUUCAAAACAGUACUACUUUGAAAUCUCUGAAGCCGCUCCAAAAGGCACAGUGGUCGGAGAAGUGUUCGCCAGUGAUCGAGACCAAGGAGAUGAUGGAGUGGUUUACUACCUCAUUUUUGGGAGGAGCAGAAAGAAAGGCUUUGGCAUUAACAAGAAAACAGGUCAGAUUUAUGUCACAGGUAGUCUAGACCGUGAGAAAGAUGAAAAGAUUUCACUGAAGGUGUUGGCAAAGAACGCGGGAAGCAUCCGUGGGGCUGAUAUUGACGAGGUGUUUGUGAACAUCACCAUCCUUGAUGCCAACGAUCCUCCUGUUUUCACCCAAGAACUCUAUGAUGUGCAGAUCAGCGAAGGUCUUUCACCUGGAGGUCUUGUAACCUUCGUGAGUGCUGAGGACUCAGACUCUGUCCCAAGUUGGAGCAGGUUUUCGUACUCCAUUGCUCUUGAAUUUGAUAAAAAUGUGUUCACGAUAAACCCAAAAUCUGGCCAAGUGUCUGUGGCUGCAGAGCUAGACAGAGAAAAAACUCCUGUGUAUAAUCUAACAGUUCUUGCUGUGGAUACUGGCACACCCCCUGCAACUGGAAGCACCACAGUGAUUGUGAACCUGGAAGAUAUCAAUGAUAACGGUCCAACUUUGACAACUGCUUAUGCUGAGGUGAUGGAAAAUCAGAGAGCAGGCGUUGAAGUUACGACGCUUUCAGCGACAGACGCAGAUCUAGCACCGAACCAAGGCCCUUUCCUAUACAGCCUUCUCAGUUCUGGUUCUGCCAAAAGCUACUUCAGCCUUAGUCCAGCUGGAGUGCUAACCACCAGUCGUGAGAUCGACAGGGAGCAGAUUAGCGACUUCUACCUCUCUGUUGUGAUCAAGGACUCUGGUGUGCCUCAGAUGUCCUCCACAGGAACAAUUCACGUCAAAAUAAACGAUCAGAAUGACAAUCCUUCAGAGCCGAGGUCUGUAGAAAUCUUUGUCCACUACUUCGGGAACAUGUUUCCUGGUGGAUCUUUGGGAGAUGUCAAACCUCAAGACCCUGACAUUCAGGAUAGGUUCCACUGCUCCCUUAUUCCCCCGUCCUCCGGUCUGUUUAAUAUCCCGACUGGAACAUGCAACCUCAACUCAAAAUCUCGCUCAACAGAUGGAACUUUUGAAUUAACUGUCCGUAGCAGUGACGGCGUCCACGGGUCAGUCAGCAAUACAGCUCGAGUCCUCUUCAUGGGUUUCACGAAUGCCACAGUGGACAAUAGCAUACUAAUUCGACUCAACUCUCAAGGAGUCAAAAGCUUCCUUACCAACCACUACCUCAGCUUUCUACGUAUUGCCAACUCUCAGCUUGCAGGCCUAGGCACCGGGGUGCUGCUUUAUGGAGCAUUUGAACUCAACAAUCAGACUUUCCUCAUGGCAGCUGUGAAACGAGGCCACGGACAAUAUGUCAACCCCAGUGGUGUGGCCACAUUCUUCCAGAGUAUCAAAGACAUUUUAUAUAGACAGAGCGGGGUGCAAAUAGAUGCGGUGGACCAUGAUCCAUGCACACGUAACCCGUGCCAGAAUGGAGGCAGCUGCAAGAGGCGUCUCAGUGUCGGGCCUGAUAUGAAGACAGAAGAAAGUGUCCCAGUGAUCCUUGUUUCCAACCACCCGCUGCAGCCCUACGCUUGCAGCUGCAGGCCAGGAUACGCAGGAGCUCUGUGUGAGACAGACAUAAACGAGUGCCAGCCAUCGCCCUGCCACAAUGGCGGCACCUGCCACAAUCUGGUGGGAGGUUUCUCCUGCACCUGUCCAGAAGGUUUCACCGGGAUGGCCUGUGAGAGGGAUGUCAACGAAUGCCUUUCCAAUCCCUGCAAGAACGGGGCGCUGUGCCAGAACUUCCCAGGCGGCUUCAACUGCCUCUGCAAAUCCGGCUUUGCAGGCAAAACGUGUGAUUCCAUCAUCAAUCACUGUGAGUGUAACCCGUGUUUUAAUGGCGGGUCCUGUCAGAAUCUGGUGGAUGAAUAUCUCUGUCAUUGUCCAUUUGGGGUUUUCGGCAAACACUGUGAACUUAACAGCUACGGCUUUGAGGAGCUCUCCUACAUGGAAUUUCCGUCUCUGGAUCCCAACAAUAACUACAUAUAUAUUAAGUUUGCUACCCUGAAGAGCAACGCGCUGCUUAUGUACAACCACGAUAACCAGACCGGAGACAAGGCGGAGUUCCUGGCUCUGGAGAUCUUCGAGGGACGGAUGCGCUUCUCCUUCAACUUGGGAAGUGGAACUUAUAAACUGAUGACUAUGAUAAAAGUUUCGGAUGGGCAGUUCCACACAGUCAUCGCCAGGAGAGCUGGGAUGGCUGCAUCGCUGACUGUGGACCAGUGUGGUGAUGACCAGGAACCAGGCUACUGUGCUGUGAGCAAUGUGGCAGUGCACACGGACUGGAUCCUGGACGUGCAGCCCAACCGGCUCUCUGUCGGAGGCGUCAGGUCAAUAGAGCCCGUCCAUCGGCGCGGUCAAGUCGCCACCCACGACUUUGUGGGCUGCAUCAUGGAGUUCAACGUCAACGGCCGCCCGCUGGAACCCAGUCAGGCGCUGGCAUCGCAGGGCAUCCUUGACAGAUGUCCGAGACUGGAAGGAGCCUGCACCGCCAGCCCCUGCAGACAUGGGGGAACCUGCUUGGAUCGCUGGUCCUGGCAGCAGUGCCAGUGCGUGGAUGGCUUCACCGGCAAAUUCUGUGAGAAAUACAUGACAGCGGACACCGCCCUGUCCCUGGAUGGCACCGGGCGCCUGGACUACUCCCUGAAGCAGGGCCCUAAACGGGACGUCCUCCUGAAGCAGGCCCUGCAGGGCGCGACCUCUGACCCCGCCGGGCCCAGCAGCCUGGAGGUCAAGUUCAGGACGCGGAGCAAGAGCGGCACUCUGCUGCACGUUCAGGAGAGCAGCAACUACACCACUGUGAAGCUGAGGAACGGGAACAUCCACUACAUCUCGGAUGCGGGCGUCGGGGGAAAGGUGGAGCGGACGGUGGGCGACGCCGUGCUGUCGGACGGUCAGUGGCACACGCUCCAGCUGCUGAAGAACGGCUCGGCCACGCUGCUGCUGGUGGACGGAGCGCACCCCCGGGUCAUCCAGCACCCCACGCAGGACUUCGGGGGCCUCGGCGUCCUGACCUUUGCCCUCGGAGGAAUCCCACCCGGACCCGCGCAGCAGAAGACUGCAGCAGGUUUCGACGGUUGCAUGGCCUAUGUGAAGUACAAUGGGGAGAAUCUGCCGUAUACCGGAGAUCACAACCUGGUGACCUUAACCAAGACCAGUUCUUCUGUUAAGAUAGGCUGCAGGGGUCCCAACCUGUGUGAGAGCAGCCCAUGCUGGGACGGCUUGAUGUGCGUCAACCAAUGGUACACCUACCAGUGUGUCCCGCCCGGCGACUGCAGCUCGAACCCCUGCCAGAACCAGGGCAGCUGUGUGCCGGACCCCCGUUCAGGAUUCACCUGCGUCUGCUCCGAGUUCUACACGGGCAAGAUGUGUGAGACCCUGGUGGCGUGUCUGGGCGUCCAGUGCCCUCAGGGUAACGUCUGCAAGUCAGCCAACAACGGAGGGUAUGUCUGCAGCGCUAACCCCACCGCGGAGACGAUGGUCCUUCCCAUCUGGGCGGUGCCUGCUAUCGUUGGCAGCUGUGCCACCGUCCUCGCCAUGGUGGUGCUCAGUCUGAUCCUGUGCAACCACUGCCGGGGCCGCAACAAGACCAAAGUGCCAAAGGAACCCAAGGAGAAGAAACCCAAGGAGAAGAAGAAGAAAAAGAAGAAGGGCAGCGAGAACGUAGCAUUCGAUGACCCGGAUAACAUCCCACCAUAUGGUGACGACAUGACGGUACGGAAACAACCAGAAGGGAACCCCAAACCGGACAUCAUUGAGAGGGAGAACCCCUAUCUGAUCUAUGAUGAAACGGACAUUCCCCACAACAAUGAGACCGUCCCCAGUGCUCCCUGCGCCCCCUGUAGCGGCCCAGAGGCAGAUAUUGAACACUACGACAUAGACAACGCCAGCAGCAUCGCCCCAUCGGACGCCGACAUCAUCCAGCACUACAAGCAGUUCCGCAGCCACACGCCCAAGUUCUCCAUCCAGAGACACAGCCCGCUGGGCUUCGCCAGACAGUCUCCGUUACCCCUCGGAGCCACAAGCUACAACUACCAGCCUCAGUACACCCAAGCACUGAGGUCCACCCCGCUCAGCCACUCCCACUCAGCCUGCCCCACCCCCAACCCUCUCUCCAGGCACUCCCCAGCCCCAUUCAACAAGCCCUCCUCCUUUUACCGGAACACCCCGACCAGAGAGCUCAACCUGGCCCGGCGUGAGGGCAGUCCGAUGGACAUGCACAACGACAUGUGCCAGCCCCCGCCCAUGUUCAACUACGCCACCCGGCUGGGGAGGCGCAGCAAGAGUCCGCAGACCAUGGCCGGCCACGGCCACACCUCCAGGCCCGGCAGUCGGCUCAAGCAGCCGAUUGAGCAGAUCCCUCUGGAGACGGGGCCUCCUGUGGGGCUGUCCAUCGAGGAAGUGGAGCGGCUGAACACGCCUCGCCCGCGUAACCCCAGCAUCUGCAGCGCGGACCACGGGCGCUCCAGCUCGGAAGAGGACUGCCGCAGACCACUGUCGAGGGUCCGCAACCCCGCCGACGGCAUCCCUGCCCCGGAGACGUCUUCAGAGAGCGACUCACACGACUCCUUCACCUGCUCGGAGAUGGAGUACGACCGGGAGAAGCCGGUGACUUACAACUCCCGAGUUCCCAAGCUCUCGCAAGUCAACGAGUCCGACGCUGACGACGAGGACUACGGCGGGAGGCUGAAGCAGCGGCGGUACUCGAGUCGGAGGGCAGAAGGAGGGCCGGGGAUUCCCCAGAUGCCUCCGACGGAGCAGCAUUACACACUGCCCCACAGACUGGGCCAGCAGCCAGGGGGCUUCAACUGGGACAAUCUGUUGAACUGGGGUCCCGGCUUUGGACAUUAUGUGGACGUGUUCAAGGACUUAGCCUUGCUUCCUGAGAACGCGUCAGCGAGAGACAUUGAGAUGAACAGUGGGGACGGCUCGGUGACCAUUCUAAACGAAGGAGAAGCUGAGCAAUAUGUAUGAGACUAUUUAUUACGAUGUUGUAGAAUAUGGUGAUGUUCUCCAUUCAAGAAAAAAAAGAAAAAAGGAAGACUGUAUAUUUCAAGAGAACAUUGGACUACUUUUUUUUUAUUCACAAUUACAAGACGACUUUCAAUGCAGUAAGGCAGAAAAAUGGCACCUGUAACAUGACAGAUUUUGUCUUCAGCCACCUUGGUUUAGUUUACCAGUCUUUUCUAGGUCCAAAGUCAACUGUGCAUUCAUGUCUCUGUGGCCUCAUUACAACGUAUCCAUUGACCCUGAAUGGCUAAAAAAAAAAAGAAACCCAUGCCUGAAUUCAAUUUAGUGACUGCAAAGCUCCGUUCACAUUAUCUUGAUCAAACUUUCUGUUUUUUAUUACCGACAUUGCCUCUCCUUUCCUAAAAUGUCUGUCACAUUUGCACCUGAGGGAUAAGACGGUAGAUAAUAUUAACACUCACAGGAAGAAAAUUCCAGCAGUCAAUUUUUAAUUUACUUAAAAGGAAGCAUGUGUGUUUGAUCCGACUGCACCUGUGACAGGACACGGCCCUCGGUGUGUAAGUUAGCUCGCACGGUAUGGCAGACCCCUCCAUAUAUGAUCCCUUUUCUCUUUGCCCUGGUGUGUUUUCUCACAGAAGACUGGCUAAACACUCCAAGACUGAGGAUUAAUAAAGUCGCCUGCCUUACAGACAUUUGAGGAUUUCAGUUCAGACUUUUCCUCUUCUGUUUUUCUGGCCUGAGUUCAGGAGAGGAGAUUUUGGCCAGAUAGUGUUUGUCAUUUUCUGACCAGCCAAGCGUUUAAUGAUGAUUUAUGAAUCCUAUAAACAUGACCCCAACUAAAACACUAUGAACUUGUGUACAUUUUUUUUUUAUUCAUGAGAAAUCAUGGAGUCAUUUGUUGUUGUCCAUUAUUUUGACAUGUAUGGUUUCUACAUUUUUGUACUGUUUAUUAACUUAAAUUACUUAAGCUGUGUUUUUAUGGAUAUUUUCAUAUGCUGAAAUGUAUGUUCUUACUUUCGGGGAAAGUAAGAUUGAAGACUUAUUUUUUACAUGUGUUACAUAUGUAACAUCAGUAUUUUCCACUUUUGAUAAAACUAUAACAUGCUGUAUGCUUUGUACCUGUAAAAAGCCAAUAACAGAAUAAAAAAAGUAUUUAU